GUAUUACACAAAGAAAACCCAGGCUCUGAAUGAACUGAACCCAACCCAACACUGAGUUAACUUUUGGUAUUUGAAAGGACGAGUUCAGUUUUAUUUCCAACACUUUAGCAACUCCGCACCAUCGCCGCCCUUCUCUUACGGCACUUGGCUGGAUUCUUUCCGAUUGAAAUGUCGAAUAGAUCCGGUCAGGGUAGACAAGACAACAAUAACAAAGGUUUCACCAAAACCCAUAACUACAACAACUUUCUCCCCAAAAAUCCCAAUCCAACCCUCUCAACUUCUCUCAGACAAACCCAACCAUCCAUCCCCGCCACCACUAGCGGAGUCCCAAACAGAGGCCAGAAUGGUAAUUUCGUUAAAUACUUACCACAAGACGAGGCCGUGGCGGCGGGUCUUGGCGCCGAAGAUGGAGCAUUGGAUCCCCUCGAAUCUCAGAGAGUCGUAGAUCUUUUGAACACACACUUGUCACGCUUGCUCAAGUUCAAACCUAAGCAAUUCUGGACGCAAGUGGCUGCUGACGCCUCCCUACAUGAGUUUUUGGACAGCUUCUUGCAAUUUAGAAACAGGUGGUAUGAUUUCCCUCAUCGCGGGGUGAAAGGGAUUGUAGCAGGUGUUAUUGUUGGCGAGAGGGAUUUGAGUCGCCGCGUUUUCAUGGUAUUGUAUCGCAUUUCUUCGAAUAAAGACCCUGGUGCUCGACCGGCCGAUGCCCUCAGUUUGAGAGACCAUGGAGGUGGGAUCUCAUUUGACCUUUUUUAGGCUGUGUGGGCUUCAUUAGUAUAUCUUGGCCCAGGCAGAGGUUGAAAACGCAUUGGAACAACGUUUUUUGUACAUGUUCUAUAAAAUGUUAUGUGUAUACAAUAAAUAGGGAGUGUCUGGUACUGUGCCGAACUCGU